CCCGAUUUCGAAUUGCUUCCUUGGUGCACACCACAGUGAAACCUUCACUCAAAAUAAGUUUCUAGGGUUUUGUCUGCAGAAAUCGUUGCUUCCUAUGGCUUCUAACACACAUCUCGAUGAUGAUGACGAUUUUGGCGGUGACUUUCCCGGGAGCCAUAGUACCAGGCAUUCAGGUAAUAAAAGAAGCUUUGGUGAUCUUGAGGACGACGAGGAUGACAUUUUUGGAUCAAAAAAGGCUAAUUCUAAAGUAGAAGAAACUUCUCCUGGUGUAGCAACGGGGAUGAUUUUGUCACUUCGUGAAAGUCUUCAGAAUUGUAAGGAUACCCUUGCAACGUGCCAAUCGGAGCUUGAAGCUGCAAAAUCUGAGAUUCAGAAAUGGCAUUCUGCGUUUCAGAAUGAGCCCUUCAUACCAGCGGGAAUAGCUCCUGAACCUAAGUCAGUACUAAAUUAUCUUCAAACUCUGAAAUCCUCCGAGGAGACACUGAAGGAACAACUAGAAAAAGCCAAGAAAAAAGAAGCUGCAUUUAUUGUAACAUUUGCAAAGCGUGAGCAGGAGAUUGCCGAAUUGAAGUCAGCAGUUCGUGAUUUGAAAGUUCAACUAAAGCCACCAUCAAUGCAGGCCAGAAGGUUGCUACUAGAUCCUGCUAUUCAUGAGGAAUUUACACAUCUAAAGAAUUUGGUUGAGGAAAAGGACAAGAAAGUUAAGGAGUUGCUGGAAAAUAUUGCUGCUGUUAGUUUUACUCCACAAAGCAAAAUGGGAAAGAUGCUGAUGGCAAAGUGUAGAACAUUGCAAGAGGAAAAUGAGGAAAUUGGCACUCAAGCAGAGGAAGGAAAGAUGCAUGAGUUGGCCAUGAAACUUGCAUUACAAAAAUCUCAAAAUACAGAAUUUAGAAGUCAAUUUGAAGCACUAUACAAACAAAUGGAGGGACUGACAAAUGAUGCAGAAAGAUCAAAUGAAACGGUGUAUAUCUUGCAAGAGAAACUAGAAGAGAGAGACAAGGAGAUUGAAAGGCUUAAGAUGGAGCUGCAGCAGAAGACGGUGUCGGUUGAAGAUGAUGAUAAUAAGACAGGUUUAGCGAACGAUGAGAUGACAACCGGUGAAACUGGGAACAGUUCGCAAUUGGAUUGACAUAUUUUGUAGGAUGUCUGGCAAUUGUUUGUACAUUAUACAUUUAAUUAGUUUUCCUUUUAUCGCUUUAAAAUUUUGAUUUGCCAGUAAAUUUUGAAAACUCGUUACUGUUGGUGGGAUUGCAUUAUUGAAGUGCAU